UAUACUGAGUUUCCAACCAUUUUAUGAUAGUCAAAUAAUUUCUCCCAAAUCAUCUAUUUUAGAUUGUGUGGUACCAUCGACUCCAGUACACUAGAUGGCGUCUUAUGAAUAGUUUACAGUGAAGUUGAGAAGUCAUGAGAUUUAGAAGAAACUACGCGGGAUAAACAAAUGGCAGCAUGGAAACGAUUCAAGAGGACAGCAUGACAAUACCUUUUGGGGCAAAACAUCUAGUUGCUGUGUUGAGUAUCCCCGCCAAUUCCAGUGAUGUGCAGACUGCUGUCAUCCUGACGCACGGGGCUGGUGGGGACAUGAACUUCAAACAUUUGGUUUCUCUUGCUCAUGCACUCUCAUCGAAUGGCCUGCUAUGUCUUCGCUUCACAUGUAAAGGUUUAAACCUGGUUUACAGAGUGAAGGCUUACCAUGCCGUUUGGGAGUAUGCCAAGUUGCAGGUGACUGAGCCUAAGGUCAGAGAGGGCAUGGAACGGGUCGAGCAGCCCACUGAUGACCUCUUCCCAUGCUCCUGCCACAGGAUACCACAGGUCAAGGAUGAAUUAUGAUUGGUCCACUGUUCAAUUAUAAAACAAUUGCAUUUUUAUCUGAUGUUCCUGUGUUGUAAAAUGUUGUUUUUGCCAAAAUGUGAAUUGUGGGCUUGUCAUGUUUAUAAUAAAUAUUUUUUCAUUGUUUGUAUGUUAA